AUGGAAGAACAGAGAAAACGAGUCGAAGAUCAUAUGACGAAAAUGGUCGAAGAAAUCGACAAAAUGUAUUUACGGAAAAUGCAGAGGGAUAUGCAUAAGUGUGCUGCACAAUGUUGUGAAAAUGAAUCAUAUAGCAUACAAAAAGUACAUACCUGUGUGGAGAAUUGUAGUUUCUCUUUGAAUAAAGCGCAACAAUAUGUUCAAGGAGAGUUUGAACGAGUACAGAAUCGCUUACAAAGAUGCAUAAUGGAAUGCAAUGAUAAUAUAAAAGACAAAAUGGGUCCAAACUCAACUCAGACUGAAGUGGAUAGAUAUAGCGAAGAAUUUGAAAAAUGUGCCACUAAGUGUGUAGAUUCUUAUUGCGAGUUACUACCGAAUUUGGAAAAAACUAUGAAGAAAGUCCUUAGUAAAAAUGAAUUCUCGUAACGUUUUUUUUCACUUAAAAUAAAUGUCAAUUGCCUCUCAUUUUUAACAUCUUUAAUUAAAAAUGUUCUAUAUUUGUAGUAGUAUAUUUUCAGACAAAAUUUAUUUACAAGU